AUGAGCCUCGAACUUCGACUGACAAAUGUCCUGCGGUGCCUGCAGCAAAACAACCUGUCGGCAGCGGGAUUCAUCAGUGCAAUAUUGGACAGCAGACAUACAACUCAUGCUGCCAGCCAAGACUCGCUGACAAUGAACACAGCUCACAUUUGUGUGCAGUUAUACAAUAAUGAGGACUCACAUACAUCGGUUUUUUCCUGGACAGCAGGAACACUACGCAGAGAGCUAUACAAUAAUGAUGGGGGUGAAGAGGAUGAUGGGGUGUUUGACAAACGACCAAGGAAAUGGCAGUGUCAUGCAGGUGAAAGGAAUGUAGCACUACAACACAUCAUAAGCGAAAAAACAGUAGUGAUAAUCAGCAUAUGCCUGCAAAACACGAACGAAAGAUGCAACUGCUUACAGGGCUGGAUGGGCUUUUUCAUGAAGUCAACAGGUAUCCCUGAGAAGGUCAUUGAGGUCAUGGCACACACAGGGCUGUCUGUCAGCCUGUCCACCAUAUAUAACAUGGUGACAUCUAUUUCGAAGGAGAUCAGCCAUGACAUCAAAAGGGAAGUCUACACACUCCAUGCAGCAUUUGCAUACAACAAUUUUGAUAUUGCCUUCAAUGUUGCCCAGCCAACACUCAAAAACCACUCCUCCUUUGUCAGUGCAACAUCUGCCACUGUGAUUCCACUGUAUAGUGUUGAUGAAAGUAACGAGGAGGCAUUGUGGAGCUCGGCAAAGUUGUGGGCCUCUGAUUCAAAGAAUCCAUCACCGUCAUUAUUCCCGCUGAUGAAUGAAAGCAGAAGCUUUUUAAUGCUUCACAAAAAGAACACCUACAAUCUGCAAACAAAUCCAACACAGCUGAGUGGACGAGAGGAGGCUUUUGCAUGGCAUAUUUGCGCCAUCCUUGUCCAACACAAUCAAAACUUCAAGCACUUUGCAGACAAACUUGACAAGCCUGAAACCAUCCAGAGGAUACCUAUACACAAGACCAAUCAGAUACACUGCUGCUCAAUGAAUAUCAAGCAGUCUACCACAGAUGGAAACAUUGAAGUCUUGGACAACUUGUUUCACCAGGGAGGUAUUGGGGACAAAAGCAAGGUCAACUUUGAUGCAGAACAUGAUGUUGACAUGACAGAACAUGUAAUUCUGGUUCAUGGAGACCUAUUAACAAAGGAGUGGGUCGACAGUGUGUGGAACAGCCGAAAAAUUGAGCACACACCGAAAAAUCAUCUCCAGUACAUUGUGUUCCUCCUGGGACUCUUUCACUACAAGAUGGCAUGUGUGGAUGCAUUGUGGCGCACGUACAUUCAUCCAAAGGAAGGGUGCAAGGAUGAGAAUAGCCUCUAUCAACACAUUGGGAUCCUUCAACCUGAUGAAACAGGAAAAAUGGUCAGUAAACCUGGAUUUCGACGUGUCCACGAUGUUGUUCACCAUGACAUCUGGGCAUCAAUACUCGACUGCCAGCAUCUUGAAGCAGAGAGCCAAAAUACUGAAUGGUCAACGUUAGAAAGAUUCGCCACAUCAAAGCCAGUUUGGGAAGAUAUAAUCAAUAUGUCCUGUGUCAUCAUGAAAAAGUUCAUUGCGAUGACCCAAGAUCUGGAUGCAGCGCAGGAAAAGCCACUGCUACAAUGA